ACAACAACCAUCUCCAUCGCCCUCCCUUCUAUCUCUCUCUGUCCUUCGAUCUCAUACACUUUCAAACCCAUCUCUUUCUUUCUUUCUCUCUCGCUGUUUUGGUUGAGUCCAAAAAAACCAUGCCUGAAGCUCCAAAAAACUCUCUGAAACACCAGAACGAGAAGGCUCUUAAGUUCAUCGAGAGCGUCACGGAAAACGCUGAUGAGGUUCAGAAGCGUGUUCUGAGCGAGAUCCUAGCUGCAAAUGCUCAUGUUGAGUAUCUACAGCGCCACGGCCUCAAUGGCCACACUGACCGUGAGACUUUCAAGAAGCUCGUGCCUGUGAUCACCUACGAUCAUAUCCAGCCGGACAUCAACCGUAUAGCAAAUGGCGACACUUCCCAAAUUCUCUGCUCGAAACCGAUCUCGGAAUUCUUGACAAGCUCUGGGACUUCUGGAGGUGAGAGGAAACUGAUGCCAACAAUUGAAGAAGAGCUGGAGAGGAGGUCACUGCUCUAUAGCCUAUUGAUGCCUGUGAUGAGCCAAUACGUGCCUGGACUUGAAACCGGGAAGGGAAUGUACUUUUUGUUCGUAAAAUCUGAGGCCAAAACUCCUGGGGGCCUUGUGGCUCGUCCAGUUCUCACUAGCUAUUACAAAAGCUCUCAUUUCAAACAAAGGCCUUAUGACCCUUACACAAACUACACCUCCCCAAAUGAGACCAUCCUCUGCCCUGACUCCUACCAAAGCAUGUACUCCCAAUUGCUCUGUGGCCUCUGCCAGAACAAAGAGGUCCUCCGGGUUGGCGCUGUUUUCGCCUCCGGAUUUAUCCGAGCCAUUCGCUUUCUCGAGAAGCAUUGGACAAUUUUGUGCAAGGAUAUCGAAUCCGGGACUCUUAACAACCAAAUCACCGACCCAUCUGUUCGAGAAUCGGUGUCGAAAAUCCUCAAACCAGACCCGAAGCUAGCUGGUUUCACUGCCACUGAGUGUGGGAAGAAAUCAUGGCAGGGGAUCAUAACUAGGCUGUGGCCUAACACAAAGUACGUGGAUGUUAUAGUGACUGGCACUAUGUCACAGUACAUACCUACUUUGGAUUACUACAGCAAUGGGCUUCCUCUGGUUUGCACCAUGUAUGCUUCCUCUGAGUGCUAUUUUGGGGUCAAUCUUAACCCAAUGUGCAAACCCAAUGAGGUUGCUUACACCCUCAUUCCCACUAUGUGCUACUUCGAGUUCCUCCCUGUUAACAGAAACAAUGUCAACUCGGAUUCAGCCUCUGCACCCGAAUCGCUUAGUGAGAAGGAGCAGCAACAGCUGGUGGAUCUUGCUGAUGUGAAGCUAGGCCAAGAAUAUGAGCUUGUUGUCACAACCUAUGCUGGACUUUACCGCUACAGAGUUGGUGAUUUGCUGAGGGUGGCAGGGUUCAAGAACAAGGCUCCACAAUUCAACUUCAUAUGCAGGAAAAAUGUGGUGCUAAGCAUUGAUUCGGACAAGACUGAUGAGGUUGAGCUCCAAAAUGCUGUGAAGAAUGCUGCGACACAUUUGGUUCCAUUUGAUGCAACUGUGGGAGAGUACACUAGCUAUGCUGACACUACAUCAAUUCCAGGCCACUAUGUGCUCUUUUGGGAGCUCAGCCUAAAUGGCUCAACUGCAAUCCCACCCUCAGUGUUUGAGGACUGCUGCUUGGCCAUCGAGGAGUCACUCAACAGCGUCUACCGCCAAGGCCGAGCAUCCGACAAGUCGAUCGGGCCACUGGAGAUCAAGAUUGUUGAGGCUGGGACUUUUGACAAGCUGAUGGACUAUGCCAUAAGUUUGGGAGCUUCCAUUAACCAAUACAAGACCCCAAGGUGUGUCAAGUUUGCACCCAUUGUUGAGCUCUUGAACUCUAGGGUGGUGGAAACCUACUUCAGUCCCAAAUGCCCCAAAUGGGUCCCUGGCCAUAAGCAAUGGUGCAAAAACCAAGAUUGAAACUAGCAAGAGGGAAAGUGUUUCAGAGGAAGAAGAGAAGAAGAAAUGACUGCAAUUUGGACUCGAUAAUUGAUCAUGUUAGGGAAGAGUAACAAAUACCCAUUUUAGGUUAACCUUAUGGUUUAUGUUCAAUCACCAUCCUUUUUUCGUUUAACUAUGUUCUGUGUAGACUUUUAAAUUAGCACCAUCAUGUAUAAAGUCUAGUUCAUGUUUCAUGGAAGGAAGCUCCUU